AUGGCAGGCUAUGGUGGAGCUGCAGACGGAACAGCCUAUAACCCUCAAAGUCAAAUGAAUUUGAGUUCACUCAAAAAUCAAAUAACAGAUGUCAAAAAGUCAAACAUAGACAUACAGAAGCAAAUAAGUGAAAACGAAAAGAAACUAGAAUAUGACAGACACACAAAGAAACUCAAUGAGUUAAACGUAGAGAAAAAGAAGAAAGAAGAACAACUGAAAGAACUAAGUACAGAGGAAUAUGCGAAAAAAGUGUCAGAAAAAGCAGCAGAAGUAGCAAAAAUGGAACAAGAUGUUGUAAAUUUGAAAAACCAUACUACUCAAUAUAAAAUACUGAAAGAUGAAGAGAUAAAACAAAAAGCCCUGAAGACAUAUAUGGAUAGCGAUGAGUAUAAAAAAGAAGUUGAAGCAAAUGUAAAGGCAGAAAAACUUUUACAGUUGCAAAACCAAACCGUACAGUAUGAAAACUUAGCACAAGAAAGUAAAAAUAACGACGCAGCCAUGCAAAAGGCAAUGAAAAGCGCAGAAUAUAUAAAAGCUAACAAUGACUGGUUAGAUGCCCAAGCCAACGCUAAAGCAGCCCAGCUUAUAGGGUCAAUAAGGACAAAAAUACAAGCGGAUGAAGACAGUUCAAAUGAAGCUUUAACAAAUGCUGACUUUAAGAACGCCUUCGAAGCUCUUCAUAGUAAGGUGAAACAAGUGAACGACUUCUCAUCUGGAAAGAAACUGAAGUCUGAAGGUUUCGACAAAGAGUUAAAAGAAGUAGCACAAAAUAUGACGAAAAUAACAGAUGCAGCAACGAGACAGGCAGUUCAAAGUGCCUAUGACGCCGUUAGAGCAACUGUUGUGAAAAGUCAAGAAAAAGAGUUACAACAGACCAAAACAGACCUAGUAAAUGCUUUCUUAAAAACGAAAAGUCAGGUAGGACAUUACGCUGCAGAUGGAACAUAUGUGCCAGCUG